GCCAUGAGGAGCCGCAGCAACUCGGGGGUGCGCCUGGACGGCUACGCCCGCCUGGUCCAGCGGACCAUCCUCUGCCACCAGAACCCAGUGACAGGGCUGCUUUCAGCUGGGGCAGACCAUAAGGAUGCCUGGGUCCGGGACAACAUCUACAGCAUCCUGGCGGUGUGGGGGCUGGGAAUGGCCUAUCGGAAGAACGCGGACCGGGAUGAGGACAAAGCCAAGGCCUACGAGCUCGAGCAGAAUGUUGUGAAGCUGAUGCGGGGGCUCUUGCAGUGCAUGAUGAGACAGGUAGAUAAGGUAGAGAAGUUCAAACGCACUCAGAGUACCAAAGACUGCCUCCAUGCCAAGUAUAACUCUGCAACUUGUGCCACGGUGGUUGGGGAUGACCAGUGGGGGCAUCUGCAAGUGGAUGCAACUUCCCUCUACCUGCUCUUCUUGGCACAGAUGACUGCAUCAGGGCUACGUAUUAUCUUCACCCUUGAUGAAGUUACCUUUAUCCAAAAUCUUGUUUUUUACAUAGAAGCUGCCUACAAAGUUGCUGAUUAUGGAAUUUGGGAACGUGGUGAUAAGACAAACCAAGGAAUCCCUGAACUGAACGCAAGCUCCGUGGGGAUGGCCAAAGCUGCUUUGGAAGCGAUUGAUGAACUAGAUCUUUUUGGAGCUCAUGGAGGACACAAAUCAGUGAUUCAUGUUCUUCCUGACGAAGUGGAACACUGUCAGUCUAUUCUGUACUCCAUGUUGCCAAGGGCAUCCACAUCAAAGGAGAUAGAUGCUGGCCUUCUGUCUAUUAUUUCUUACCCAGCUUUUGCAGUGGAGGAUGUAAACCUUGUUAAUGUAACCAAGAGUGAAAUCAUAUCCAAAUUGCAGGGCCGUUACGGCUGCUGUCGCUUUCUCCGAGAUGGUUACAAGACACCCAGAGAGGAUCCAAGCAGGCUGCACUAUGAUCCUGCUGAGCUCAAGCUCUUUGAAAAUAUUGAAUGUGAGUGGCCAGUAUUCUGGACAUACUUCUUAAUUGAUGGAAUAUUUAAUGAGGACAAAAUUCAGGUACAAGAGUACAGAGAGGCUCUGGAAGGAAUACUUAUUAGAGAGAAGAAUGGAUUAGUGCUAAUGCCUGAACUGUACGCAGUCCCUCCAGAAAAGGUGGAUGAGGAGUAUGAAAAUCCUCACUCAGUGGAUCGUGUCCCAGUGGGAAAGUUGCCACAUCUUUGGGGUCAAUCAUUGUAUGUCCUGAGCUGCCUGUUAGCAGAGGGAUUUCUUGCUGCAGGUGAAAUUGAUCCCUUAAACAGGAGAUUUUCCACUGGAUUUAAACCUGAUGUUGUGGUACAAGUAACUGUUUUGGCAGAAUCUAAUCAAAUUAAGAAUCUCUUGCAAGACCGUGGAAUCAAUGUUCAGAGCAUUGCUGAUAUCCAUCCACUCAGAGUGCAGCCAGCUCGCAUCCUCAGCAACCUCUACACCAUGCUGGGCCGGAACAAGAACAUGAAAUUAAGUGGCCGACCGCACCGACACAUCGGAGUGUUGGGCACCUCCAAGCUCUAUGUGAUAAGAAAUCAAAUAUUUGCUUUUACCCCUCAGUUUACUGACCAGCACCACUUCUAUCUUGCUCUAGACAAUCAGAUGAUUGUGGAGAUGCUCAAGACAGAGCUGGCUUACCUCACUUCUUGCUGGAGGAUGACAGGGAGACCAACCUUGACAUUUCCCAUCACCCAUACAAUGCUUGUUGAGGAUGGUACUGACAUUCAUCCAGCAGUUCUUGCCACAAUAAGAAAAUUAGAAGAUGGUUAUUUUGGAGGUGCAAGGGUGAAAAUAGGCAAGCUAUCAGAAUUUCUUACCACCUCUUUUCAUACAUAUCUGAGCUUCCUGGAUCCAGACUGUGACCUGAAACUGUUUGAUGACCGUAAUGAUGACUGUCAUAGUCCAGACAGUGAAUAUGGAGACUACCCAGCAGAUUUCUGUGAGAAAGAUAGCCAGGAUGAGCUGGAUCAGUAUAUAAAUGAUGUCCUGCAGAGCACAGCACUGAAGUCAUACCUGCCUCCAACGUCAAACACAAUGAGUCAACCACCUGUGUUCAGUGCAAACCAUUCCACAGAGGAGAUAUUGUCAAUAAUGGCCAAGACAAAGGGCUUAGAAGUUCCAGCCAUGUCUAUGUCUCUUCCUACUAAAGUUCUGAACAUACACAGAAAGUCUCUGAAUCUUGUUGAUAAUCCUCAUUUCUUUGAGACAAAGGACUGUGAAAAUGUUUUGCACUUACCUAAAGAUGCUCAUGGUGAUUUGGAUUGCAGGAAGCUCGUUGAUCAACUGAAGGAAUGUCCAACACUCCAUGAUCAAGCAGAUAUCUUGUACAUUUUGCAUAUACUCAAAGGUGCUGACUGGGACACAGAGCUGGAUGGACAGUAUGGUGUCACUGUUCACUGCCUCCUCAAUGAGCUCUACAGAAAGGCAGGCCUCAAUCAGGAAUGGGGCUUAAUCCGUUACAUUUCUGGCAUACUCAAAAAGAGAGUUGAAGUCCUGGCUGAGGCAUGUACAGACCUUCUGUCACACCACAAGCAACUUACAGUGGGCCUGCCACCAGAACCUCGUGAGAAAAUCAUUACCACCCCACUGCCACCUGAGGAGCUCACCGAUCUCAUUUACGAAGCCAGUGGCCAAGACAUCAGUAUUGCAGUCCUGACACAGGAGAUAAUUAUGUACUUGGCGAUGUACGUCCGCUCACAGCCCAGUCUCUUUGUGGAGAUGCUCCGGCUCCGCAUUGGUCUGAUAAUCCAGGUCAUGGCCACUGAGCUGGCACGAAGUCUCAAGUGCUCAGGUGAAGAAGCUUCAGAGAGCUUGAUGAAUCUAAGCCCCUUUGAUAUGAAAAGUCUGCUACAUCAUAUUCUCAGUGGGAAAGAGUUUGGAGUGGAAAGAAGCUUGCGACCUGUAGAUUCUUCUUCAUCCAGCCCUGCAAUUUCUAUUCAUGAGAUGGGGCAUUCCGGAGCAACCAAAACAGAAAGAAGUGGUAUUACUAAAUUGAAGAGUGAGAUGAAGCAGAGGAGCAGUACUCCAUCAUCUCCCACCAGUACUUCUCCGACUGGCUCCAGUGGAGACAUGAGCUGGGGUGACAGAAAAGGGCAGUGGCUGCGCAGAAGGAGGCUUGAUGGUGCUAUUAACAGGGUUCCUGUUGGCUUUUAUGAGAAAGUCUGGAAAAUCCUUCAGAAGUGCCAUGGUCUGUCCAUUGAUGGGUAUGUUCUUCCUUCUUCAACUACCAGAGAGAUGACCCCGUGCGAAAUCAAGUUUGCAGUGCACGUGGAGUCGGUGCUGAACCACGUCCCCCAGCCCGAGUACAGGCAGCUCCUGGUGGAAGCUAUUCUCGUCCUGACCUUCCUCUCCGACAUCGAGGUGAACAGCAUCGGGGGCAUCAUCCACGUGGACAGAAUCGUGCACAUGGCCAAUGACCUGUUUCUGCAGGAGCUGAAAUCAUUUGGAGCUACUGGUAGUAUCUUGGAGAAAGAUGUAGCCACAGGAAUUUGCCACUAUUUUUAUGACAGUGCUCCCAGCGGAGCCUAUGGCACCAUGACUUACCUAACAAAAGCCAUAAUUAUUUAUUUACACGAUUUCCUGCCCAGCACAGGCUGUGCAAUGCAGUAAGUGACGCCUCACAUGGGAGGGAAGGCUCUUCCUCCCCAGUUCACUAUCACAAAACCCCUUGGUUGGUUGCUGCCUCUGUGUGUGCCAUGCACUCCCUGAGCAUUUGGCACUGCUGGGGAUGCUCUGUGCACACCUCCUGCUGGGAACAGGGAGCUGGAAUUUGGCCUGGUUGUAGGAGAGUGUGAAAGAAAUAACAAAUAAUGAGGCUAAUUCUGCCCAAAGUGCAUAAAUGUAAUUUGUAUUAAAUUAGCAAGAAUUAUACAAUUCUGCCAAGGGCAAAGCAGAUUACUUUGUGGAGAUCAAAAGGCAUAAUAAAAUGAGGGAGCUGCAUCGCGGGCAUAGAGUCUCACAAAUAAGAGAAGUGAUGGAAUUCAUUAAUUUUUCUCCUGCUGUGUGUAAAUGUACAUCAUUGUGAAUCACUAAUGCACAGUGUGAAACAUCCAGGGAAAUGUAAAUUAGAGGAAUAAGAAUAACUUGAAAUAACGUGAUAUUUCUAAAACACUUUAUUCCUGAUUCUCUUCUCAUUUGCACCUAGUCAGUGCAGGGCUAAUGCCUGUCGGGACAAACAUCCUACAGUAUCCACUAAUUUGAGAGGAUAGCCUCUGUCAGGAAGCCACAUCUGUCUUUAAUCUGAAUAGCUUUCUUCCCUGCAUCCCCAAGACUUUGGAGGCAAACUCUCAAGACUCCAGCGUCUCCAGUGUGACAGACAGUUUUAUGCCUGUAAUCCUUUCCUCUGAAUGGAGCAAGAUAAACCUCUUUCACUUGAGCACCCUUUCCAAGUCUCCUGAUCAUUUCCCUCGCAAACAGCCUCAGAGUUAAGAAUGGCAUAAUUGGCUUUUCCAGUGUAGCAUGAGUUUGUAGAAGGCUUUGAUGUUCCUCUUUGGUUUUUUUGGUUGCUUUUUUUUUUGUUAUUUUCUUUCUUUUUUCCUUUUCCAUUUUUUCUUUUUCUUCUUUCUAGUUUGAAGUCACAGUGGUCUCAUGUAAUUAGGGGCUGGGCUGCCUGGAAGUCUUCCUGCAGACAGUUCCCAGGUUAAUGCUGUGAGUUGGAAGCUCUGAGAUGCUGCAGGGAGUAGGUGUGUCCUGCAUGGAAAUCACUCUGUGGCCAUUGAAACUGAAAACAGAGGUAGGCAGCCUCUGGAGAGGAAAACUUUGCCUUGCCCCAGGCACUGGCUGUGGUUUUCCUUGUGCCUGUGCUGCUGGCUUUGCCACCGGCCACAUAUCAGCAUCUGGCUAACAGCUUAGGAAAGUGGCAGUAGCUACAGC